UUGAAAGAUUCAUGUCAAGAGCUGACCGGUGAACUAGCAAAAGUUGGUUUGGAAUGGCGAUUGUCACAUCCUGAGGAAGCGUUAGCAGAGGAUUUGACCAAUUACGAUCAAGCAAUCAUACGCCAGCAAACAUUAAUUGGACGAGCGGCCGGUAUUAUGCAAAGGCGGUUGGACGAUUUCGCUAAUGAAUCCUCAUCGGAGUUGUGA